AUGUCAAAAAAGAUUAACGAGCUUCUUCGUUACUGUGAAGAGAACUAUAUUGAGAGAGGAAGUCUCGAACUUGCAUUACGAUGUGCUGUUUCAAUCUGCAAAGCGAAUCCUGACGCUCCUCAAGCUUAUGCACACGUCGCCGCUUACAGAAUCCUUUUGACGGCAGCCAAUUAUCGUACGGUCACAGGAGAGCCUGACUGGUACGCUGUGUUGGGAAUCAACAAACGCGGAUCCUCAAAGUCUGUGGUGAACGCUAUUGAUAGGCGGUGCGAGGAGAUCAUAGAGGUGUUGGAUGGCGAAACUGGGGUCUCCAAAGCUGUUUCGAGGGUUUAUGAUCUGGUCAGACUUGGCGUAUCGGAGUUGAUGGACGAAGAUAGGAGAAGAGCGUAUGAUCUCCGUUCUGGAUUUUCUAUUAUCAACUGA